AUGUCUUAUUACUUCAAGAACAUCAAGCCUGGGGUUGACUCUGAAGCUGAGGAUGACGACGAGCUAGAGAAUUUGCUGAGAAGGAGCACCGAAAAUGGUCAAGACGAAGAAUCUACCGAUGAUGAGAUGAGAACGCUAUCGUUUGGGUCGCUGAAGAAGGCCCAUGACAUAUUAUCGGAGGAGGAGGAUGAAGAACAGGGUGGCGAAGGCGAGCAAGUGGAGGAGAGGGAUCGGAACGGCAUAAGAAAGAGGGAAACGGGCAGUGAUUCCGGGUCCGACAGCGAUUCUGAGUCGGAUUCAGAGGAUGCAGGUUUCUUUGAGGAGGAUUCAGAGGAUGACGAUGGCUCAAAACCACAGAGGAAGAAGAAAAAGAGCAAACAUGCGCCAACGGAGCAAUCGUCCAAGAAACCAGUGUCGAAGAUUAGGAAGAUCCCCGGGCUGGACGUACCCAAGGCCAGAAACUCUAAUCUGUACAAGGACAUACGGUUUGACAAGGCCACCGGCCAGCCGAUGGAUUCAACCGCAGCCAGACAGCGUUACAAGUUUUUGGACGAGUACAGAGAGAAUGAAAUCAAAGAGCUGGAAAGUCUGCUGAAAGACCGCAAAUUCAAGUCUAAAGUCUCCGAGCAUGAGCUGGAACAGAUGGAGCAACAACUGAGGAGCAUGAAGUCUAAACUGCAAACAGUCAAAAACAAAGAGCUAGAGCGCCAGAUUGUCAAAGACUAUGAAAGAGAACUAAACAAGGACAAUAAGAAUAAAUACCACUUGAAGCAAAACGAGAAGCGCAAAGUGAUUCAGAAGUGGAAAUUCGACCACAUGAAGGCCAAACAGCGUGAAAAGGUCAUGGAAAGGAAGAGAAAGAAGAGGCUUGGCAAGGAAUUCAAACAAUUCGAGUUUCACAAACCUAGGUAG